CUAUGGAUUUGUUUCCUUUUUUAAUGACGUGGAUGUCCAGAAGAUAGUAGAAUCACAGAUACAUUUCCAUGGUAAAAAGCUGAAGCUGGGCCCUGCAAUCAGGAAACAAAAAUUAUGUGCUCGUCAUGUGCAGCCAUGUCGUUUGGUAUUUAAUCCUCCUCCUCCACCACAGUUUCGGAAUGUCUGCAGUAAUCCAAAUGCUGAAAAUUACCUGCAGCCCCCAAUAACGCUGAAUCCUGUAACUCAGUACGUUCAGUCUGCUGCUGCAAAUUCUGAGACUUCAAACUCAACCAUCUCCAGAGAGGCCAACACCCAGUCUGCAUCAGCUGCAGCUAGCCAAGGCCAUGUUUUACCAGAAGGCAAAAUCAUGCCAAACACUGUUUUUGUUGGUGGAAUUGAUAAUAGG